AUGAGCGUCCGUAUUACUCCACCGAGUGUGACUAAAAAAGACGAAGAGGCCGAAGAGGAGGCAACGCAAAGAGUAGAAUUGCCAUACAAUUUUGAGAAGGAACUCAUUGAAAAUCAAAAUCGGCACUUUUGUGGCCAUUAUACAUUUGUACCGUGUGGAAGAGCUGAACCGCUUGCGGCCAAAUUCUAUGCGAGACACGAUCAGAACACGUUAGAUUAUGAAAAAUUUAUGGAAUUCGUAGCGCAGCGUGGUAGAAAGUGUGGCAGGGGCAUUUUACCGCACCUCUCCGGGGAGGUUUAUGGUUGGCUACCGCCUAACGUGAGUGACAGCGUGAAGGACUUAAAUUUUAUUUGUGCUCCGAAAAUUCGCACCGAUAUGACAAUACACGGUGAAAAACUAGUUGGCGAACGUGUGACAGAGCGGCCGCCCUUCAAUGGUUUGCGUUUUGUUUUGUAA